CUCGACUAUCGAUGUUCAAUUAUAAUGCCACCCUGCGAACUGUACGCCUGAGAGACAGCUAGGGACAAAAGAAAUGCCCGCGGCCGGCGACAGCCAGGCUGCACUGGCAACUGUGGAGGAAAGCAGUGAUGUUAGGAAGUUACAAGAUGCCCUGGGUACCUUGCAUGAGCUGCUGGCUCCGCUGCUCGCAUUGCGCGAUGGCAGCGUGGACGCGCUGCGCCCCAUCGCAAAAACCUGCGGACCUGUUGUAACGCGACUGGUCAAGAGUACCGGCUGUAGGCUUGGUUCUGAGCUGCGCGGCUCCCAGGUUGCAGACAUUCUCGGCGAUGCAGCGUGCCUCGGCCUUAACGCGCUGGAUUGCCUGCGCCCGGUCAUUAAAGCGAGCGGGCAUGAGCUGGACACGCAGCGCUACGGCUUCAUACGCAAGCUGGCUGCGCUAGGGCUGCACGAGCGCGCUCUGGAGCAGGGUCGGGUCUUGCACGCGGCCGUGGCUGCGCACCCCAGCAACGCCGGGGCUCCCGCCGAACUGCAAGUCGCCGCGGUCGCGAAUCUGCUCCUUUGCUACGGCGAGCUGGCGCAGCGAGACCCUUACCGCUCCGAAGAACUCUGGCAGGGCAUUGGCGCGCCUGUGGAGAGCUUGCUGGACCUGGCACGGGAAGCAGACAAGGAGGACUGCGCCAGGCGCCUGGAGCCGGUGCUGCGCUGCCUGGGCAAGGCGGUGGGCGCUCUGUUCAGUGCCAGUCUCUCAACCCACCUGGAAGCAAGCACCGUGGCAGCGCAGCUGGCGGCGCUAGUGGCCUGCGGCGACGUGUGCGGGCAGGAGCAGGCCGUUAAGCAGCUGCUGGUGGACGACGCAGCUGAGGCUGCCGAGGAGGCGCGGGUGGCGCUGCUGGAGGCCCUGCUAGAGCAGCUGGAGAUGCACGGUGCACUUCCCGACGUGCUCUGCUGCUCGCUGCACAAGCUUGCGUUGGGCCUGGUGCAGGGCCGCAUCAGCGCUCUUACUGUGGCGGCUCACAGGCCACACCCGCUAGCAGCCAUCGUCCAGGCGGCUCUUUCGGUGCCGGCAUGUGCUCCGGUUAUGGCGCCAGCGGAGCGACAGAAGCAGCAACAUCCCCUCGCAGCAGCUCUGGCGAGAAUGCCUCAGGCAGCCAGCGCCAUGAGUGAGGAGCAGAAGCUCAGCUUGUCCGACAGGUGGCUGCGCUGGUGCUGCCUGGACGUGCUGCGCGUGUCGGUCGCAGGCGUGCUAACGCACCUGCUUAACAACCCGCAGCGGGCAGGUGGCCAUCUACCCGCCGUCGCUGUGUGCAUGCGCGCACUCGCGGCCGACAGCCUGCAGCUGCUGCACCAAUCGCCGGGCAGGGCCUCGACGGUGGUGCCCAGCGGCUGCUCCGCCGCGACCCUGGCGUGUCGGCUCAUGGCCGCCCACCGCACGAGCACCGGCCAGCUGGCGGGGCUGCACGAGGACGUGGCGGCGGGCGCCAAGCUGCUCCGCGACCUACUCAGCGCCUCAUCGCAGCGGCCGCAGCAGCAGCCGCAGUCGACAAGCAUGAACGACGAGGAGCAGGACGGACCAUGCAGCGGCGCUGCUGACGCGGUGACGCCUGGGAUGCUGCAAAGCCUGUCUGCAUCCAUGGGCAACGCAGGUCUGGAUCUGCUUCAGGCGCAGCAUGUGGCACCUGCGGCCGAGCUGCUGCAGCUGUCUGCAGAUCUGGCGCUCAGGCGCGCACAAGCGCUACAUGGUGCCGCAGCAGGCACGAUGGCCGACCCCGCAACGACCGCAGCAGCGGCGGCGGAUGUGGCUGCCGUGGUGAAGAAGUGCAAGGCGCAUGUGUCUGCGUUGCAGCAGGUGUCGGACCUGGAGGGCGUCAUGGCCGCAUCAGCAGCCUACCUGGCGCAGCUGCAUGGGCUGUGCGAGGCCCAUGUGGCCCUGCCGCUGGUGAAGCUGUACGUGCGCGCCAGCCUGACGCGGGCACAUAACGCCGCGGCAGCUGCGCAUACAGCGGCGUGUAGCAGUGCAGCCGAGCCGGCGCACUCAGCGCCCUCCACGCCCACAGCGCCUGCCGCGCCAGGGCCGGCGGCACCAUGCAAGGCGCGGCGGGCAGGGCGCGCCAGGGCGCAGGAGGUCCAGCCAAAAGCGGCAGCCAAGGCCCCGCGGGGGCGCACGCGGCUGGCGCUUGAUGCGGACACCAACACAGAUGCUGGCGAUGGCGCACCCGUCAAAAGCAUCAGCCUGCAAAGCGCAGCCGGCGCGCCACCGGUGCCAAUGCCGGCCGAGUCCCUUAGUGUCUUACAGGCAAUGGUUUCUGCAGUGGAGUCGGGCGCUGCGCCAGCCGGGCUGCUGGGCUGCUUGGACGUGUACGCAGCUCCAGAGCUUGAGCUGGCGGCGGCGGAGUGCCGGCGGAUGGCUGACCCGCGACUGCAGCAGGCGCAUGCCGACGCUGUUGUGGGCGCCCUAUUCCGCUGUGCGGAGCGGCGGGGUGCUGAAAUGGCACCGGUGCUCCGCGCCCGUGCGCUGCUGCUGCGUGCGCUGCUGGGCUGUCCCAAUGGCGCGGCCGCUGUCGCCCAGGCAGGCCGGGACCUGCAAGAGGCGUGUGAGCUGCUUGAUGGGCAGUUGCAGGAGCAGGGACUGGGGCAUAUCGCAGCACGACCGGGUGCGGGCGGUGGCGAUGACAGCGAGGACGACGCUAAGGAGCAGGCGGGCGGCCAGGCGCUGUCCGCGGCCGCACUGGGGUUGCUGGACUCGGCCGCGCUUGCGCAUGCGCAGCUGGGCCUGUGGCUGGCGCAGCAGCGCAUGGCAACGAGCCAGGCAUGCGACGAAGCCAUGGAGCACGUGGGCAAGGCGGCGCGGCUGUGGGCCCGCAUCCUGGCCUGCCGAACCUGCCAUAGCUCGGUCAGCCAGCUGCGCAUGCCCCAGGCUUCGCUGCAGGCACUGCUGCAGGCGCACCACCUGGUGCACCUGCUGGCCGGCUCCUUCCCCCGUGAGGCCUCGCAGCUGCGCCGCGUCACGCCGCGGCUGGUGUCCUGGCUGGCCCAGCAGGUCAAGUUGCGGGAGCAGCACGUCUAUCUGCUGCUUACGGCACUGCCCGACAGCACGUGCGCGACUUGGGCCAUGGCGGCAGCGCCGGCAGCUUCCUUGGCGGAGGCAGCUGCUGAGGCGGUGGAGGCGCCCAGCACGAAGUUGGGCGAGCUGCUGGAGCUGAUGCAGCCUAUGAGGGCUGCACCACUGCUAGACCACCAGGCGCUGGGCAGCGCGGCCGCCGGGUGCGCGGCCGAGCUGGAACGGGGCGGCUUCCUCCGGCACGGCCCCGCGCCGCUCCUGCUACGCUGCCGCUGCCACCAAUCGGCCGCCGCCGCUUACCUGCGCGCCGGUGACACCGCCAACGCGUACGUGCAAGCACAGGAGGCGCUCCGCCUCACCUGCGGCCUCUUCGCCCUGGUGGACACCCCCGAUCCCAGCCCUGACUCGGCCGUGCCCUCGCAUGCGGCAUCGGCGGCAUCAGCCUCUGGGCGGGGUGCGGGCGCAGGCGCAGCCAAACCCACGCCUGCUGAGGCCGCGGCUGCGGCCGUGCAGUCGGGCGCGGCCACCAGCGCUCAUGACUACGCUGUCCGCGAUGAGGACAACGAGCCCAAGGACGAGUUCGAGGACCUGGGCCGCCGCCCGGGACAGCAGCAGCAGGCAGCGGCGUCUGGGGAUCCACAGCGUGAGGUGGUAGGGGUGGAGGGCAGCAAGCAGAGCGCUCUGGGCGUCAGUGCGGGCCUGGGCUGGGCCGUUGCGGCGGCGCACCUUGCGUCGCUGUACCAGGCGGCGCGCGUGUUUGAGGCGUCGGGGUGCGUCGAGGACGCCAUGUGCCUGUGGAGAGAGUGCGCUCGUGCGGCCGCUGCGUUCGGCGUGCGCUCGCUACAGGCGCUCAGCUGCUGCUGCCUGGCCGACGUGGCGUGCCGCCGCGUGGACGCAGCUGGCGCGGCGGCAAGUCUGCAGGAGGCAGAGGAAGCGGUGGGACGAAGCUGCAGCCCCGCAGAUGCCAGUGGAGCAAGCCAUGGCGCCAUUGCGGCGGAGGCGGCCUUGGUUUGCGCCAACCUGUGCGCCGCACAGGCCCGCCGCAGCCUUCUGGAAGGCGCUACCGACAAGGCGCAGGCCGCAGCCACUCGCGGCGUCGGCGCCCUAACUGACGUCGGGGGCGGAGCGUUCGGGUGGCUCUCGGUCAGUGCACAGAGCAGGCUAGCACGGCUGCGAGCGGAGGUGCAGCUGAAGCUGGGACAGUCUGUGGCCGCGUCCAACAUCACGCGUGACGCGGUCGUGCACCUCCAAGAAGCCGCAUCUGCUGCAGCGGCAGAUGCAGCGGCGGAGAGCACCGAGGCCGGCAGUGCUGGGCCGGAGGUCCUGUGGCCAGUUGACUACGGGCUGCUGCUAUCACAGCAGGCGGCGGCUUCCAGGGCCAGUGGGUCAGGCCAGCCCGGGUCAGGCGAGCGUGGAGGUGCGCCUGUGGUGGUCGGCCUCUGCAGGCAUGGAGCAGGGCAAGCGGGCCCUGGCAACAAUGACACGGACAUGGGCUCUGAGGCCCCUGACGGCAAGCCGAAAGCAGAUCAGGACCAGAGCAGCAAGCGGGGUGGCGCGAGGGGCAAGGCCGGCGCAGCGUCGAGCAAGGCCUCCAAGGCCACGGGCCCGGAAGGCAACAGCGCGACAAGCACCAUGAGCCCUGGGCAGGCCUCCACGUCCCAUGUUGCCCCGCUCUUGCUGGCUCUGCGGCUGUGCUGGCAAGUGCCACUGGCAGCAACACACGCCGCACGGCAGCUGCUCCGCCUUGCCGUGGCGCUGGGGCUGCCGCACGCGGCCGCAAUGUUCAUGCACCUAGCCAACUGCGCCUCCUACCCGCAGCAGCAGCUCCUGCAGGAGCAGAUGCGCCGUUACCUGGCACGCAUGACGACAGCCGGGGCAGCGGCCAUGGCACACGAUGAAGCGGAGGCUGGGAGCGAGAGCGACGUGGAUGACGAGCGGCGCGGCAGCGGCGCCUCUGCCAGCAGCUCAGGCGGCUGCCGGACAGCGGCGGCAGCCGGCGAUGUCCGUGAGGCGGCGCUGCGCCUGGUGGCGGAGCUGUGCGACAGCGGGCGCGGCGCCACUUGUGCAGGUGGCGACAGCACAGCUGCGCUGGAGCGCGGUGCUGAGGCCUGGGUGCGCGAGGCUCUCGGGUGUCUGCCGGCCGACUGCGUUGUCGCCAGCAUUAUGGAGGACCGGGAAGACCACGUUGUGCUGCUGGGGAGACUGGCGCGCGGCGGGCCGCCUCUGCUCGUCAUGCUGCCGGGCCCACGGGAAAGCGGCACGCAGGGUGGCGGCGAUAGCCAUGUUGGUGGCUGCCUGGGGCAGCUGCAGCGGCUGCUGGAGGACAGCGGUGACAGCAUGCGCACUGACCAGGCAGCAGCCAGCUCGCAGAACCAGAAGGCGCAAUGGUGGAAGGCGCGGACGGCAUUGGACGCCUCGGUGAGCAAGCUCUUGCAGCAACUGGACUCGGACUGCCUGGGCGCCUGGCGCUGCCUGCUGCUGCCGCUGCCCGCCAGCCACCGUGGGGUGCUGGCCGGCGCUGCCGCCGCCUUUGUCGGGGAGCACGUGACCGGCGGCGGCGCCGCGCCCGCGGCGGGCAUUGCAACAGCUGUAGCACAGGAGCUGCUGACGGUGGCUAUGGCCAAUAUGGGCCAGCUCGGGAGCAACGAGGUAGGCACCGUCCUUCGGACGGUGUGCGGCGGGAUCAGCGGCGGCACGAGCUGCAACACCGACGUGGCGGCACUCGCUGCGGAGCUUGCUGCCGCCCAGGCGGCGGCAUGCAUGGCGCUCUUGCACCUGCCUCAACCCGCAGCAGGGCCAACCGCUAGUCCCGAGCCGGCACCAGCAAAGCCCGCACCUGCUCCUGCUGCGGUGGCAGAGCCAGUAGAGCCCGUGCCAGUGCAGCCGCGGGCGAGACGGCCAGCAACGGCCGGCGCGUCCGCUGCAACAGCAAGCAGCUCCGCACGCGCCGUGCCGGGGGCGCGGGCGCGGCCAGGGCUCGCGGCCAGGCCCGUUGCAACGGAGGCGGUGCGCCGGACCACGGCCGCGGCAGCAGCAAACAUUGCCGCUAGCCUGGAGGCGCUGACGGUGGAGGACGAUGCGGCAUCCACGUCUGCUGCCCCUGCAGCUGACCAGCCGGCCCGAUCCCGACGGGCGCCCCGCCUGGCGGCUAUGCAGAGCGAGUCUGCCGCCAGCGCCGCCUCCAAGGCGCCACCGACCCGCGGCCUGGUUGCAGCCAGCAAGGCCGGAGCGCGCACGGCUCGAGCGGCACCGGCGCCCGCAGCUACAUUAGCCACGACUGAGAGGGUGGCGACACUUAGCAAGGCGCGCACGCCAGCGCCUGCAAUGGCAUCUGAAGUGGCGCAGCAAGGCACGGUGGCCACUUCCAACGGCGGUGCAGCCGGCAGCUGCCCGCUGCUGCUAGUGCUCAGCCCCUGUCUGCACGCGCUCCCGUGGGAGAGCAUGCCGUGCCUCCGCGGCCGCAGCGUCAGCCGCGUGCUGUCGCUGCCCGCCUGCUGCGGCGCCGCGGCGGCGGCCUUCACAAGCGGUGGCGGCCGGUCGUCGCCAGCCGCGCUGCCGACGUCGGCGUUCUACCUGCUCAACCCCAGCGGUGACCUGGCGGACACGCAGAGUGCGUUCCAGCAGCUUCUGGAGGCGCAGGCCGGCUGGCAGGGUGUGGUUGGGCAACAGCCGAGCGCCCGUGCGCUGCUGGCCGCGCUGGCGAACCACGAAGUGUUCUUGUUCCUGGGGCACGGCAGCGGCGAGCAGUACCUGCCGCUGCCGGCGCUGCGCAAGCUGCAACGCUGCGCUGCGGCCGUGCUGAUGGGCUGCAGCAGCGGCCGCUUGCGCCUGCACGGAGCAUACGACCCUGCGGGCGCGGUCGUCGCUUACGCCGUCGCAGGCAGCCCGGCCGUGGUGGCCAACCUGUGGGACGUCACCGACCGCGACAUCGACCGCUACUGCCAGGCGCUGCUGCGCAACUGGCUGGGUUGCGCCGACCCCCAGGCGGCGGCAGCGGCGGCAGCGGCAGGGCAGGAGGACGAGGAGCAGGAGGCGCAGCCUGUGGGCUGGGCGGGACUGGGGCAGGCCGUGGUCAGCAGCCGGGGCGCCUGCCGGCUGCCACACCUGAUUGGCGCGGCGCCGGUGUGCUACGGCCUGCCGCUGCAUCAGUGAUGUACAGCUGUAGACCGGUAGAAGAGGAGGUGAUUGGCAGGAGGUAGCGGGCGGAGCACGUGCUUCUUGUUUGAUGCUCGGAUAGCAGCACUCUGUUGGGUAGGCUUCAGCACAGGCACGCGGAAAGGGGACUGAUGAGG